AUGGCCUCUGUCGCCGGCUCUGUCGCCGCCGAUGCCAACUUUAUGAGCGUCCGGACACAACUCGCAAAAGAUUGGAGCGGUAAAGGAGGAGAUCCUGGUGAUAAAUAUUUCCAUGAAUCCACGUUUCACCCUCACUAUGAUGGACGAUUCGCGUCCCAAGCGCUGCCCGAAGAAGAAUCAUUACCGCACCUCAUAUCGCUAGUUCAAACAUACCUGGCGACCAUGAACGACCUCGGCGUGGAAACCUGGAUCAUGCACGGGUCUUUGCUGGGAUGGUGGUGGAACCAAAAGAUCCUACCGUGGGACAGCGAUCUCGACGUGCAGAUAUCCGAAUCAGGAAUGCAUUUCCUGGGCGACUACUAUAACAUGACCGAGCAUCACUACGAUAUCCCCAACGUGCCAGAAGGUCGCACCUACAUGCUGGAAAUCAACCCCAACUAUGUCAUCCGCACCACCGAUGACCGCAGCAACCUGAUUGAUGCGCGCUGGAUCGACACGUCCAGCGGCCUGUUUAUCGACAUCACGGCUGUGCGUGCCGAUGACGAGAAUAGGAAAAACGGCAACCCUGGCGCCCUGAUGUGCAAGGACUCGCACCGCUAUGACGAGAGCGACAUCUUUCCGCUGCGUGAGAGUGUCUAUGAGGGCAUUAAUGUCAAGAUCCCUUAUCAAUACGCCAAGCUCCUGUCGGGCGAGUACGGUGGUCGGUCUCUGACCAAUGCCAAAUUUGCGGGACACACGUUUGUCGAAGAAGCACAGCUUUGGAUCAAGGAUGAGUAUGUAUCCCGCUGUUUCUCGAAUAACUGCAAUGCUAACCUAGACAAUAGCCAAGUCGAAACCUUUAAGCAAAACGCACAGGAGGCUGACCGAGAGCUCACCACUUCCGUGGCGGGCCGAGCAAGGGAGCAAGCAAAAGCAAUGUCGUCCAGCAACGAUAGUCCCAAUGCGCCCAUGUACAUGACGCCCAGCACCACCUCCGCGUCUCCUCCGUCAAACAAUGGCGCGUCUGCGUCUGCGCCUGCUCCUAUUUCUGCCGGCACCGGAAAUUCCAGCAAUAAUAGUGCUACAGUUGCCUCGCCGUCACUAACAAGCAAGCCCGCUACGACAACAACCACAGCCAACGCCGACUCUCGCCUCAACCCGCGCAGCUGCGUCACCUGUCGCCGGCGAAAAGUGCGAUGUAAUAAGCGCGAGCCAUGCUCCAACUGCGUCAAAGCAGGUAUCGACUGCAUCUUUCCGGGCCCCGGGCGAGCUCCGCGCAAGCAGCGACGUCCCCCCGACGCGGAGCUGUUGUCGCGGUUAAGGAGGCUUGAAGGUGUGGUGGAGAGUUUGGGCGGUCCGGCGAGUAUUGAUCAGCUUAUUUCGAACCAGCAGCAACAACAACAACAAAAGACGACGACGACGAAUGCUACGACUCCUGGUCGGUCUACAUCUCUUCAAGACGGCGUUGCUGAGACGGGGAAUCUGGAUGAAGACGACCCAAAGAAUGCCCACAUGAGGCGGGAUGGUAUUGAGGAGCUGGGGAGGCUGGUUAUCGACGAUACCAAAAGUCGAUAUGUGAGCAAUCGGUUUUGGGCCAGUCUAGGUGACCAGAUCGAAGAAUUACAGGAUAUCCUGGAUCAUUCCAGUGACGAAGAGGAAGACUAUCCAUCGCCGGGAGAGUCGGUCAAGUCCGGCAGCCGCAAUCAUGAUGCUUUUAUUUUUGGGUAUAGUUCUGUGGCUAGCAGCCUACGAAAUUAUCAUCCUACGCCCACGCAGGCAUUUGUUCUGUGGAAGACGUAUGAGCAGAAUGUCGCGCCUCUGUUGACGGUCGUGCACAAGCCUACGAUUCGUAAUAUUAUCAUCGAGGCUGCUACAAAUUUGGAAUCGUUGGAUAAGAAUACUGAAGCUCUCGCGUUUUCCGUCUAUCUGUCAGCGGUCAUCAGCAUGACCCCCGAGCAAUGCAUGACGGAGCUGGGAGAGGAUCGCGAGGGUGCAAUCAGCCGGUUCCGCUUUGCAACCGAGCAGGGCAUGGCCCGGGCCAAUCUGCUUAAUUCGCAGAAUAUCACGCUCCUCCAGGCGGCCGUCAUGUUCCUGUCGUGUAUUCGUCGACAGGACGACUCGCGGUUUGUCUGGACCCUGUCUGCCGUCAUUCUGCGUCUGGCCUCCGGGCUCGGCCUGCAUAGAGAUGGCACCCAUUUUGGUUUGUCGCCAUUUGAAACCGAGAUGCGACGCCGGCUUUGGUGGAAUAUUUGUAUUCUCGACGUUCGAGCUGCCGAAGAUCACGGCACGGAUCCCAUGAUCAAUGAUAUGAUAUACGACACGCACCUCCCCCUCAACAUCAACGACGACGACAUAUGCCCAGACUCCAAAACUACGCCUGUCGAGAAGACCGGAUGCACAGACAUGACCUUUGCGCUCAUUCGCUGCGAAGUGACCCUAGCUUACCGGCGGCUGACAUAUAUCCCGCCUGGAGCCGUUUCACUACCUGCAAAUCUCCAGGACCGAGAAGCCUUGAUUGAAAGACUACAUAACCGGCUCAACGACAGAUAUAUCCGACACUGCGACAUGCAGAUCCCCCUCCAGUGGGUUUGUGCGACGGUGGCGCGGCUGAUCGUGGCCAAGCUGUGGCUGAUUGUACACCAGCCCUUGAACAAGCACGAAUCCUCUAGGUUAUCCAACGAAGGCCGCAACAAACUUUUGUUGACCUCGAUCGAGGUGAUUGAGUUUUCGCGCUUGCUCGAGACCAACGAGAACACGACCCGCUGGAGCUGGCUUUUUGUCUCGUACAACCAAUGGCACGCGGUUGCCUUUGUGCUUGCAGAACUCUGUGUGCGUCCGCUGUGUCCUGGCGUAGACCGUGCCUGGUUGGCGGUCAAUUCCACCUUUCGUGAUUGGGAGCGGCAGGGGUUGUCUAAGAAGGCUCCGCUCUGGCGUCCGCUAUCGCAGCUGAUGAAGAAGGCGACUAAUUUCCGCAAGAAGCAGCUGGAAGAGCUGCGUUCCAAGUAUGGAUCUAAUCCGUUGGUUUCGCAGUCUGAGGCGUCGUCGGCUAUUCCAACUACUACUACUAUUCCGACUAAUAUUCCCUCUGUUGUGGAGUUCGGUAGACUUCCUCAUCCCGUCGCAGCCUCGCAGUUGGGGACUCCUUCUCUGGUCUCGACAUCUAGCCCGCCAGUCAACGACACGCCUGCCCACGAGCAGCCGUUUGGAUUGUCCAAUUCGUCCACGGCCGGGUUUAGUCUUGACUUGAACAAGGGAAUGCCAGAGUUGCUAGAAGACAUGCUGCCAGCACACUCGAUGACGCAGGGCUGGCAAGACCUGUCCAUGAACAACGAUGCAUCAGCUUCAUUCAACCCUUAUAACAACAACAACAUGACUACCGUAAACAAUGGAUUUGCGCCACCGUCGGCCUUUUCAUUCCCUGCGCAACAACAGCAACAGCAACAACAAGUUGACGCAACAAACAUGUUUGAGACGCCCGUGAACUGGGACCAGUUCGACGACGUCAUGCGCGAUUUCCAGUUGGAGCUCACGCAGGGCGUUGGCGAGGGGGAGAAUGUGAUGGGGAAUAUGCACAUGGACUUUUUCUGA